UGGAAGAUGAAAUUGGAGGCAUUUUACAUAGGCCUGUGCUGCGUGUGUGAGCGAGAAUGUCCGACUAUACGAGAGACGUCGUAUUUUUUUUCUUUGUCUAUUGUUCUAAAACAUCGAACAUCGAUACUAUAGCCACUAACAAUACCCAGGUAUAGCAACAAACCUGAUUGUAUUCAGGAUGUUAUAAUAGCUCUCAUCCUAUCAGGAUGAUCCUUUUAACCUAUUAUAGCAACUGCCGAUUCUAGGUGGGUAUUCGUAAGAAAUAGUCCCCGUCGACGAGUCAGAUCGUAUAGAUUAAUAACUAAUUCCUCCACAAGUUCCUUUAGCCUUUGGAUCGCAUUGUAGGAAAUCGCUUCAAAUAGAGUUCCAAGAACCAAUCUAUAACACUUUAUUCAAUGGGUUCUCUUGGUAUAGAUCCUGAUCUAGCGCCACUCCCACCCAAGGAUGUGGUUGUUGGUAUACGAACGGGCAAGAUUCGACCUUUUGGUGGCGUAAAGGGUUUGUUCUCAGCCAUCAACAAGCAACCUCGAGAUGGAAAGAUACAACUCUCGAUACCUGGUUUCGUCGGCGAUGAACGGCAAUACAUCCAUCAUAAGAGUCUCGACAAUGCGAUUCAUCAAUAUGAUCCCCGACACUAUGCCGCGUGGAAGAAACUGUUGCCGGAGCGCGAACACAAAUUCAAAAUCGGUGCUUUCGGCGAAAACAUGACAUCCUCCUAUCUCACGGAAGAAAACCUCUGCGUUGGGGAUAAGUUCCGCUUAGGACCCGAAGCAAUCAUCCAAGUGACGAUGUUGAGGCAGCCUUGCUACAAACUCAACCACCGUUUCGAGUACAAGAAGAUGUCCAACCUCAUCCAAAAAACUGGGUACACCGGAUGGUACUAUCGCGUGCUAAAGGAGGGUGAGGUACAAGAAGGAGAUGAGAUAGAACUUAUCGAACGCAUCAACCCACGCUGGUCCCUCACCAGACUACACCAUAUCCUCUAUACGGACUCAAAUAAUCUGGAGGCGGUAGCUGAGAUAAGCGAGUUGGAGGGCCUUAGUAACGAGUUCAGGAUACUAUUCCGAAAUCGAUUAUCUAAGGGACUCGAAAACAUGGGCGCUCGUCUGUUAGGCAAUUUCGCAGUGCCUUGGCAAUCGUACAAGCUGAUCCAGAAGACCCCACUAACGUCCCGAGUACAGAAGUUUAUCUUCGAGGCCGAAGACUUGACUACCGACUCCGAAGAAGACUUAAAAUUCGGACGUUUUCCUCACGUGCGCCUCCGGUUCGGACCCGAUGCGAAAUUCACUCGGGCCUACUCGGUGGUUUCGGGUAACUUGCAGAGAUUCGAACUCGGAAUCGCUAAGGAUGAUAACUCAAGGGGUGGUUCGCUUUUCUUGCAUGAUGACCUUAAGGUCGGUGAUGUCGUGGAAGUAGCUAAGGGACACAAUGCGACGAUCCCUAUCAUCGCCCAUGAUCAAGAGCCUGGCCCGACAAGACACAUCUUCAUCUUGGGUGGUAUCGGUGUCACUGCUUUCAUCGGUGAGAUUAAAUCUCUCCUGAAAAAAGAGUCGACAAGUGUGGAGGUGCACUAUGCUGUUCGUAGCCGGGAAGAGGCUGCAUACCUUUCCCAUUUACCAGCUGAAAACACGACAGUCUAUGCGAAGAGUGAAGGCCGACGGUUGGACAUUGAUUCACUCAUUCCAUCGCCCGAAGACUGUCGCGAUUGCUCUAAGACCUUGGCAUAUUGCUGUGGUCCGUCGUCGCUACUUAAUGCGUGCCGCGACAUGACGAAUAAGCUAGGUUACCCUCGCUCUCAGACACAGUAUGAGGACUUCGGCGGUGUCGGAACCGGAACCGGUGAACCGUUCGAAGCGGAGAUCAAGGCUACCGGACAGGUCCUCAAGGUUCCUCGUGAGAAAUCUCUGUUGGAGAUCCUUAAUGAGGCUGGUUUCGAGGUUGACUCUUCUUGCAUGGUAGGUAAUUGUGGAACAUGCACCGUGGAUCUUUGCAAAGGAAAGGUUGAUCAUCAAGGUACAGCCCUUGAAGAUGAACAGAAGGAGACUAGUAUGUUAUCAUGUGUAAGUCGAGGUAAGGGGAGGAUUGUGAUUGACUGUUAGAGUCAUGCAUCCGAUCUCACCUACCCGUCUACAUGCUUGUUGAUCUUACCUAGUUAUUAAUGUGUCACGAUAAUAAAAUUGUAUAUAUCUAUAGUACCAACCUUUUCUAGAC